ACCUUGAACGCCAAGCAACGUUAGCAUCAGAUGCGACUGUAACCAUAAAAAAAAUAAAAAAUGUCGAUGAUCAGAUUGUUACAAACAAUAGCUCGCAAUCGUCUAACGGUACUUUAUUACAUGGAAUUGAAUUAUAUUUGGUUGUUUUUGGUCUAGCAUGUGCUGUAUUUUUAGCCUCCUUAGAUGAAACGAUUGUUUCCACCGCUUUACCUAAAAUAAUUUCUGAUUUGAAUGGAUUGGAUCAAAUCGCAUGGGUUGCAACUUCUUAUCUACUCACAGCGACUUCCUUUCAACCAAUCUAUGGAAAAUUAUCGGAUAUUUUUGGUCGUAAAACAACAUUCUUAGCUGCAAUUAUCAUCUUUGAAUUAGGCAGUUUGUUAUGUGGUGUUGCUACCAAUAUGGGAAAAUACCAGGGCACUAUGAGUGCAUGCUAUGGCGUUGCUUCCGUUGCAGGUCCUCUCUUGGGUGGUGCUUUGACUGAUCAUAUCAGUUGGAG